UCCAACCGGUCUGUGUGCUGUGUUGGUAGCUGGUAGGUAGCUAGCUGCUAGCUAACCUGCUGAGCUACCUCCUCCUCCGCCUCCGAAGGCAGCUGAGCGGAGAUCCGUGAAUGAACCCAAUGCAUCUCCCGUGGCCGCGAUGGCAGCGACAGAAACGGAGGAUGCUGAGGCUGUUCGGUGCGCUGGUUAUCCUCGGACUGGCCCUGGCGUGCAUCACCUCCUGGGUGCUGGACAGCUAUGACACGGCUUGGCACCCGAAACGGAGCGUCCAGCACCAGACUGUCGGUGAUGGAGAUGAAGCCAAGGGGAGCUCUCCACCAUUUCCCGGCGGCGAGUUGAGCAAUAUAUUCUGGUUUAUACAGGUGUCUGAUAUUCACAUAAGCCGAUUUCAUGACCCAAGACGCAUUCCUGAUUUUGAAAAGUUCUGCACCGACACAAUUGAAGUGAUCAAGCCAGCUCUGGUGCUUGCAACAGGGGAUCUGACAGACGCCAAAACAGAGAGCAAGGUGGGCUCCCUCCAGCACGAGGUGGAGUGGCAGGCCUACCACAACAUCCUGAAAAGGUCACGUGUGAUGGAGCGCACGAGGUGGAUAGACAUCCGUGGAAAUCAUGAUGCCUUCAAUAUUAUGUCAUUGGACAGCAUCAACAAUUAUUACCGGAAAUACUCGGCUAAUCAGAAAGUAGGCUCUUUCCAUUAUGUUCAUAAAACUCCUUUUGGCAACUACUCCUUUGUCUGUGCCGAUGCCACUCUGACUCCAGGACCCAAGAGGCCGUACAAUUUCUUCGGUAUUCUCAACCAGACUCAAAUGGACUUGCUGGACAGGUUCAGAAUUGAAAGUCUGAAAAGCAACCAGUCGAUCUGGUUUGGCCACUACACCACCUCCACCGUCGUCUCCCCGUCUCCUGGAGUUCGGGACAUGAUGAGAUCUGCUGUUGCAUAUCUGUGUGGCCACCUGCACACACUGGGCGGCCUGAUGCCCGUCCUCCACAGCCGACACCCCCAAGGCACCCUAGAGCUGGAGCUGGGUGACUGGAUGGAUAACCGCAGGUACAGAGUUCUGGCCUUCGACCACGACAUGCUGAGUUUCUCUGACCUGAGGUUUGAGCAGUGGCCCGCAGUGCUCAUCACCAACCCCAAGGACGCACAGUACCUGCACCCCGGAGUGGAGCCGCUGGGUCGAAUACGGAGAUCGACACACAUCAGAAUCUUGGCCUUCUCCGAGGCCCCAAUCACAGCGGUGCAUGUGAGCGUAGAUGGGGAACCUCUGGGGAAAGGCCACUCCGCUGGAGGUCCUCUGUACGUUCUACUGUGGGAUCCGUCUCUCUACCUCACAGGACUGCACACCAUCAGAGUUAAAGUGGAGGACUCGGCAGGCCGGUCGUCAGUGCGGGAGCAGCACUUUACUCUGGAGGAUGACCUGACUCCCAGCUUUGGGUUCGUGCAGUCCUUCAUCCUCCUCACAGACCACUACAUCCUGGGCCGAGUGGCCUUCAUAUUUAUGAUGCUGCUGAAUGUCGGGGUGCUGCUGGCCUUUAGGUUCCUGCGUGUUCCUGCUGGGAGAGGACUGACCUCUCAAGCUUGUAUGUCGCUUCGUAUGGUCAGCACAACGGACACCUUCUACUACGCUCUGCUGCUGUUCAACCUGUGCACAGCCUUAGGCCCGUGGUUCAUAGGAGAGCUGAUAGAUGGCCAUAGUGGUGCCUGCUUCGCCUUCGGGGUGUUCAUUGACGGACACUUCCUAGAGGGCAGUCUCACUUAUGUUGUUGGAGUCGUUCAACUGCUGUUCUUCAACAUGCCCCUCACCUGCUAUCUCUGCUGGAGCCUCCACCACCGUUGCCGCGGCAACACCUUCCGUUCCCACUUCCUGCGGCCGGGCUGCCGCUGGCGGACUCUGGCGGUUCACUUCUUCAUGCUGCUGCUGCUCACUUGGCAGGCCCACUCCUGCUACUUUCUGCUGGAGACCUAUGGCCCCAUGGCCUUUUUCCUGUCUCCGGUCCGCACGUGGGCACUAGGGCUCAGUCUGCUAUUGGUCUACCGCGCCUGGACAGGCCCCGCCCCUCUCUUACGUGACAACAGCAAGAGCGUCUCUCCCUCUUGACAGUAAUUGCACUGUGCCACCACGAUUUCCCCCUCGACCCUGACUCACAGAUAUAUUUUGCUGUCUCUAUCCACCCUGAAAGCCUCAAUUUUCCCCACACAGCAGCAGCAGCCCUCCCUCCCCCUCUGCCCUCCUUUCUUUCUCUCCUCCUUCCAAAAGCCACUUCACAGUACAUCACUCACUAUCCUGUUUAUCAAUAGUAUUGUUUACUCAAUAUGCAUGUUAUUGUAAAGCACCGGUGAGCACAUUUCUGGCCAUAUUCAUAGCAAUGUGUACAGUGUAAAAAAAAAAAAAACACUUCGGAUACAUUGGGAGUAAAAUAGCUUAUUUAAGCUAUUUAUUUAAGCUGUAUGAGGACUCGUCCAAUGUAUGCCGCAGUUAAAGGGAUAAUUCAGAUUUUUUAAAAUGAGGUUGUAUAAGGAGCUUAUCCAUAGUCAGUGUGUUUCGUGUAGUAGAUGGUGGUCAGCAUGCUCAAAGUUUGGAGAAGCCAGGAGUGCUGCGACUGAGGCUAAGCAAUGUACUGCUGUGAACAGGGGCAGCAGCGAAACAUAUUUUAGCUACCUUAAAAAAUCAUUAUCGGUUCAAAUGUGUGCUAUAUUUAGAAUAUUUAUAUCAGACAGCCCUUUUUGACAGCAAACUGAAGCAGUUAUCUGUCGCUGUCUUGAGCCCUGUUUCCACCAAACACUUUCAGUAUGGUACCUUUGGAACCAAAAGUAACCCUUCAGACAUAGUACCUAGACCCUAGUGUUUCCACACCAAACAGUACUCUUAGGUUGUUGUCACCCACUGCUCCGUCCAGCACUCACUGUAUUUCCUCAUUACAGGAAGUCUACACCUCGUUUAUCGUCCAGAGAAUG